UUGAGUUCUCGCGAUACUUCCUCGGUGGCUUCCGCAACAGUAUGGCGGCCGUCGCUCUGAGGUCUUGUCGCAGAGGACUUUCACAGAUUUUAAGUCAUGGAUGCCUCGCUACUGUGUCCUCUACGCAUCCGAAGGGUGACAGAAGACACAAGUCCACAGUUCAGUAUGCUUCCAGGCCAGACCUUCCCAAGCUGGCCUACAGAAGAGUGAAGGGCAAGAGUCCAGGUGUGAUCUUCCUGCCAGGCUAUGGGUCCAACAUGAAUGGACAGAAGGCUGAGGCCUUGGAGGAGUUCUGUAUGUCUCUUGGACACUCGUACCUCAGGUUCGACUAUACAGGACACGGCGCCUCGGAAGGGGUCCUAGCAGACGGAACUAUUGGUACCUGGAAAAAAGACGUCCUUUAUGUGUUGGACGAAUUAGCAGAAGGUCCGCAGAUACUUGUUGGUUCCAGUCUGGGAGGCUGGCUCAUGCUGCUGGCAGCCAUUGCACGGCCAGAGAAGACCGCCGCCCUGGUGGGCAUUUCCACUGCCGCUGACCACAUUGUCACGUCGUUCAACACUCUUCCUCUCGAGACGCGGAAGGAGUUUGAGGAGAAGGGUGACUGGACGGUGCCCACCAAACACUCGGAGGAAGGCCACUACAAGUUCAGCAUGGACUUCCUGAGCGAGGCUGAGAACCACUGCGUGCUCCAGAGCCCCAUCCCGGUCACGUGCCCCGUGCGGCUCAUCCACGGGCUGAAGGACGAGGACGUGCCGUGGCACAUCUCCAUGCAGGUGGCGGAGCGCGUGCUCAGCCUCGACGUGGAUGUCAUCCUGCGGCGCCACGGCCAGCACCGCAUGUCAGAGAAGGACGACAUCAAGCUGAUGGUAUACACUCUGGACGACCUCAUAGAUAAGCUGACCACCAUGGUGUGACAAGGUACCGGGGGGGUUUAGGUUUCUCAGUUUUGAAGGACUGUUUACCGCUCAAGCGAAACUACCAAACACUGGCAUGUUGCUUUGCCAAAAUGCUUUUAUGCAUCAUGUUUCCUGUUUGUGUAUUUCCUCUUAUUUCCACUGUAAUGAAAAGGGAGCUCCCUCCUGCUAGCUGGUCCUUCCAGGUUACAAAUGUUAUCUUACCCAGUAUUAUGCAGGUCACUCACUGUUGCUUCCACACCUCUUAUCCCUUCCUUUUUAAUAUUAAUAGAGUUCCUGUGCCUUUUUAAAAAAAAUCACUUUUCACCCUUGUGGGCCCAAUAAAACAUCUGCACACUGA